CUUGUUUUGCAACUGGAGCGUGUCUCUACAGUUGGCUUCGCGAACCUCAAGAGCAAAAUGUCACAAUUGAGGAAUCCUUGACGGGGACGUGCUCUCGAUAACCCAGGUGUCACGAUGAGUGUCCAUCAGGACAAGGCCCAGCGCUACAUCAGCCUGCUAGACACUGCGCGAAUCAGCGCCAAUUGGCAAGAGCUUCCAGAACUUAUACGCAAAGUCACAAAGCACGCUCCAGACCGGAAAUGCUUGAUACAGACCGCCAAAGUCGAAUAUAGUGUUGCGAGCUCACAGAGCCAACGUCCCAAUACCGCCUCCAGUAAUCGCGCUCCUACAGAAAGCGAUAUAACCUCCCUCGAGGCAGAAAUACGAGCUGGCGGGCAGCCAUUUGAAGACUCGGUACAAGGACAGGCGGCGUUGCUUUGGGCUCAAUGGGCUGGAGGAAACAAGCAGAAGAAACAUUCACAAAUCACUUUCGAACCUUCUCGCACUGCGGCAGAUGUGAAUUCGGUAUGGACAAAAAUAUGUGUGGUGAAGGCUGUUUACAUACAGGGCAUGUUCAUGAGUCAAGGCGGCGACGAACAGCAAGGACAAGAAUUACACAGUACUCUUCUGCCAUGGCUCGACUCAAAUCGGAGCCUCGUUGUCUCAACUCCGCAACUAUUAUACUGGGCGCAGCAACUGCUCGGUCGGAUAGCCUUGGGUCAGCGACCAGCCGAAGCCAACUCUUUCCCGGCCUCAAACAAUGACACCACAUCUUUCAGACUGCAAGCUUUCCGUCACUGGGCAGUACUGACAGCAAAAGCUCCAGAUGUGUCUCGUUCAACAUCUGGAAAUUCACUGGGCCAUCUAUCCAAACUGAUGAUGUGGAGAGCUUACUACAGAUUCAUCUCGGACAUCCUACUAAGGAAACCUCGCACUCCACAAUCGUCGCCAAUGAAUGCUCGAGCCGAUUUGUCAAAUGAGCUGCGCCGAGUAGAGACCUCCUACGAAAAUGAGCUCUUGCGAAAUACGCAGUUUCCGAAGGCCGAUGGAUCCAAUCAGGUUAUUGAAGAGUGGGUGGAAGAGUUUAUUCGGAAUUGGUGCAUUCUCUGCGGGCCAGAUUGGUCGGAGUCAGAUCUGGGCGAGGGUGGACGUGAUGCCGUUGGUAGGAACGUGCUUGACAUGCUAUAUCGGGCUGCGACGAAAACAUUUCAUUCAACACUCAUCUUCCGGCGACUAUUUCAAGUUCACAAGGCACUGGCUGACUUUGACCUCGCCUACAAAGCUCUGGACACGUACGUCGAACUUAUGGAUCGAGCCCGAGCGGCCGCGUCCCAAGCCGGUGGCGAGUCCACCAAGAGAGAUAGCGAUCACAUUUAUCUUCAAACCAUUGCCGAGGCCGUUGAAGGGUUGUCUUCUUUCGGUCGCGCCGGAGAAGCUGAGAAGGGGUAUAAUUUAUCCCUGAAGCUUGAGGACUUGCUUGAUGAAUUAGAGCCCCAGCCAGAUGUGAAUGUUCUGAAUGGCUCGAAUCAUACUAGUGGGGACCCGGUCACCAACGGGUUUUCAACGGAGCCUCUGCCCCCCGAAGUGGUCGAGGUUGUGUAUCGAGCUAUCGGUAUUGGUAAAGCGCAGUGGGCUCGAUUCACACCAACCAGCGAAGGCCGUUCCAACCUGCAGUCUGAUGCCAUUGAAAGCCUCCGGAAGGCUGCUUCUCAAGAUCUUCCAGUUGAACAGAGAUUAAACUGUCUUUUCGCUCUAGGCAGGAUGCUCGGAGAAACACGCGAGAUCGACGAAGCGAUUGCGGUGGUGAAGCUUGCGUUGAGUUGCGACUCGAACGAAGUGGCAGCAGAUCAGACGUAUGAUCUACAACGAGACUUGAUCCCUUUUUGGCACCUGCUAGCAUUGCUCUUGUCUUCCAAGCAGAACUUUGAGAUCGCCAGCCAAAGCUGUGCUGCGGCAUUCGAGCAAUUUCCGUCAUCGGAUAUCAUUUUUGGUGUUGGUCGUGGCGCUGCAAGGAGCGGCGAGAAACAAAUGAGAGGUCAGCAUCAGGUCGGCCUUGUGGAUGAUAUGGAAUGCGAUGAGCUUCAGAGAAUUAUUGAAAUCCGGAUCUCCGAACUCGCAUUGACGGAGCUCUCGGAAGGUCCUGAGCAUGCGGUCAAUAACAGUAAUGACUUGCUUGCAUUAUAUUCACGACUGUUUGGGCGCCACGGCACCCUUACUCUCGCGGAUGAAAGAUCGAGGUCGAGAACCAAAAUAUUACAAGUCCCUAAAAGCUCGGCCGGCACAAUCAAGAGUUCGAAAGGCAGCAUAUUCUCUCGACGGGCUGGCAGGCUGCAUGAGUCUCCCAAAGCUCAGAAAGCGCACAGCACGCCAUCUGUCGCUGAGGAACCCCGUCGUCCCGAUACACAGACAACGCAAGCACCAACGAUACAUGUCACCAACGAAGACGAAAAGCCGUCGCCACAUAAACACCGUCUAUUCCGGACUUCUCAUGAGCAUUCCAAAGACGAAAAGCGACAUGGGUCAAGACGCCUCUCACGGUCGCGUAGUCGCGGUAGAACCGACCCUGGUCAUAAAUCGGAUACUGGCGAGUCAUUCGAAACAACGCCAGAAAAAGUGAGCAAUUCAGAAGAGCCAUCACAGCCUGCUUUAGAAACAAUCACUUCUCAAGACGUCCCAGCUGUACCCGCCUCGACCGAUCACGACGAGAGCAGCGAUACCAAACAACCUUUGAAGGAAGUUCCGCAUAAUCUUGCAACACAUGACACAAUGCCACCGCCUGUACAGCACCAACAGCAGCCUCCGGAGCAGGAUAUACGUCUACCAACGAGAGUGCCCUCGGACCUAGUACCUCGAUUCCCCCAGACUGCAUCGCAACGCCAUGCCCUCAGUAUUCUAGUCAAGAUCUGGUUGAUCAUUGCCAUGCUGUAUCGACGGGCCAAAAUGUUUGACGAUUCACGCGAGGCAUGUGAUGAAGCGGCCAAGGUGGCAUCAAAGCUUGAAAGCAUCAUUGCCAGUGUGGAAAGCUCAGCCCGGGCUUUUAGCAGUGCUGGCUGGGGUGGUGGUGGCAAAAGUUCUGACGAGCUAUGGGCUGAUGUCUAUUGCGAACGUGCCGAGCUUUUGAUGGCGAUCGCCCGAGAAAAGGAAGAAAAGGAAGGCCAGGUGUGUUCUGAAGGGGUACGCGAUGCUGUUGAGCAAUACGAAACAUGUCUGAUGUGUUUUGUUGACCACCCUGGAGGAAUCGUGGGACUUAGCACCGUGUUACUGGACUAUUAUGAGCGCAAGGUUGAAUUGGCUAGACGAGUCGAUAGUGGUCCGGCCAAGAUGGGAGAAACGCCGGCCGACAGGGGCCGGAAACAACACCGACGAGAACUGAGCCGUUCCUCUGACAGUGCUGCAAUUAAUGGAGGGCCGUUGGACACAGAUACGACGGCUGGCUCAACGACGGCUCUACCGUCACGAGGAAGCAAGGACGACGAGCUGAAGAAGACUCCAGAGAACCUCAACAGACUAGCGGCAAGAGACCGCGCAUAUGGGUUGUUAUCUAGCCUGACAAAGCUGGGGUCCGGCUGGGACAACUCAGAAGCGUGGUUUGCGUUGGCGCGAGCACAUGAACUCGGAGGAGAAGUGGACAAAGCCAAAGAGAUUCUAUGGUGGUGCGUUGAGCUGGAAGAUUCACGGCCAAUCCGACACUGGUCCAAUCUCGGGUGCAGUGGCUACGUACUUUAGGAAUUAAUUUGGAAGGGGGUCGAGUGAUGUUUAAAACGCGUUUCUGGAAGUUUCUGUAACAUCACCGUGAUUGAGAAGUACGGAGCAUACGGAGUAGAGUAUUUUGUAUCAGCACUCUCUGGUCGUUCUGGCCAAGUGUUACAGAUUCGGAGGCCGACAAGGACGGCGGCUUCUGAGGAGGCGGACUGAGGCUGAGGCAGCAAGCCGGCGUGUCUAAAGGACAAGCUGACAACCAACCGUUCAAAGAAGCGAGAGAGGCUGACAAGUCAAACGAGAGUGCCGGAUGAUGAAUACGAAUCCUUUCAAUAAUGUUAUUGCAAU